CAGUAACAGAAACAUUACCAUGGAUGAAAAGACAGAUGCGACCCCAGACCAGGAAUCUUUCAAUGGAUUUGGUUUUAACAACUACACAGCUGCCGAAGCGUUUAUUCAAAAUCUUGCGGGAAUGGUUGAUCAGAGUGACGUUGAAACAAUGAUACGAGCACAAAAGCAAAUGUUGCAACGGUUCGAAAAGACAAACGAAAUGUUGCUCAACUGCAAUGCACUCUCCAAUAGUCGUAUAAAAAGCGCUAACGAAGACUUCAAACGGCAUGUUAAACAGCUUAGUGAAAUGAAAAAGGACCUCGAUUAUAUAUUUCGCAAAAUUCGAUUCAUUAAGCAAAAGCUACAACAGCAAUAUCCCUCUAUAUAUGCGGAAGUGCAACCACAGCGCAGUAGUUUAGCAGAAGAAGCUGAAGAUGAAACAGAAUUGCCAACAGUAAAAACAAAGAUAGAAGGGGAGUCCCACCAGUCACACCCUACUAAGCGAAGCGAUGGUACAAUUGAAUAUGUACAAAUGCAGGACGGAAUUGUUGAGAUCGAGAAUGAAUUGAUAAAGCGGGUCUGCUCCGUUGAAACCGCAAAUCCCAAUGACUCCUCAGACUGCACCUCAGAAGACACUGGUUAAAUAUAAGCUUUGUUUUUAAAUAUAU